AUAACAGAUUGAUGGAUUGGGGAGCACGAAAGCUGAAAUGUUUUCAUUUCUGAACCUUUAUAUCCCCAGGCCACUAAGGACUCUGUACACAGUCUCUUUUGUGUGCGAGCUUUUUCCACCACGCAAAGCAGCCGGAAAAUGGAAAUCUGGUUCAUCGCCCUGCUCACUUUAUCCUUCUCUCUACUCUUCAACUCCUUCUUCUCCCUUCUCAAAUCCGCCGGAAAAUCCUCUCGGAGAAUUCCUCCAGGUCCGUCUACCAUUCCCAUCAUUAGCAGCCUUCUUUUGCUCCUCAAAUCUUUCUCCCAACUCGAGUCUAUUCUUCAAGACAUACGUGCCAAAUACGGCCCUAUCAUCACCCUCCGCAUCGGCUCUCGCCCUGCCAUCUUCGUCGCCAGUAACUCCCUCGCCCAUCAAGCUCUUGUCCAAAACGGAGCUGCUUUCGCCGACCGUCCUCCGGCCCUUGCUGUCAGCAAAAUAAUUACCAGUAAUCAGCACAAUAUCAGCUCUGCCUCCUAUGGACCAACUUGGCGGCUUCUCCGCCGUAACCUCACCUCUGAAAUCCUCCACCCUUCGCGUAUCAAAUCCUAUUCCCACGCUCGCAAAUGGGUUCUCGAUAUUCUUAUUAACCGCCUCAAAUCUCAAUCAGAAAAUGGUAACGUUGUCCACCGUGUUAAAGACCAUUUCCAAUAUGCUAUGUUCUGCUUAUUAGUUUUAAUGUGUUUCGGAGACAAGCUCGAGGAAGAGAAGAUCAAACAAGUAGAAGAAGUUCAGCGUCGCUUGCUGCUGAGUUUCAGUCGUUUCAGUAUACUAAAUUUCUGGCCAAGUUUGACAAAGAUAUUAUUUUACAAACGCUGGAAUGAGCUCUUGCAGCUUCGACGGUACCAAGAAAAGGUGUUGAUUCCCUUGAUCAGAGCAAGAAAGAACGCCAAGAUUGAAAAUUUAAGCAAAGAUAAAGAAGAUAAAGUGGAAAAGGAAGAUUUUAUACUAUCAUAUGUUGAUACUCUGAUAGAUUUGCACCUCCCACAUGAGAACAGAAAGCUUGAAGAAGGGGAAAUUGUUAGUUUAUGCUCUGAAUUUCUUGAUGGAGGUACGGAUACUACAUCCACAGCCCUGCAAUGGAUCAUUGCAAAUUUAGUCAAGUACCCACACAUUCAAGAGAAGCUUUUCAUGGAAAUUAAGGAUGUUGUUGGGGUUGAAGAGACAGAAGUUAAAGAAGAAUAUUUGCAGAUGAUGCCAUAUCUGAAAGCAGUGAUUUUGGAAGGAUUAAGGCGACACCCACCAGGGCACUUUGUGUUGCCACAUGCUGUGAGAGAAGAUGCUGUUCUUGAUGGAUUUCUGGUUCCAAAACAUGGAACUAUAAAUUUCAUGGUUGCAGAGAUGGGUUGGGAUCCAAAAGUGUGGGAAGAUCCAAUGGCAUUUAAACCUGAAAGGUUUUUGAAUAAAGGAGAGGCCUUUGAUAUAACUGGAAGCAGGGAGAUAAAGAUGAUGCCUUUUGGAGUAGGGAGAAGGAUUUGUCCUGGGUACGGUCUGGCAAUGCUUCAUUUGGAAUAUUUUGUGGCAAAUUUGGUUUGGAAUUUCAAGUGGAUGGCUGCUGAUGGAGAUGAAGUGGACUUGUCAGAGAAGCAAGAGUUCACUGUGGUUAUGAAAAAUCCACUAAAAGCCCAAAUAUCUCCCAGGAUGAAGACUCAGAAUUUCUGAGGAGAUUUAUUGGUAAUAAUUUAUCCAAUGCCUAGACUGCUACAUGUGUGAGUAGAACUUUGUUAUCUUGUAUGUAUCAGUUGUCUGGAUGUAUUUCAGUAUUCAGUAAAGAUAUGCUUAUUUGCUGCGGGUGUCUUACAA